GGCGGCCAUUUUCUUGUAGACCAGUCCGGCAGCUGAAGCAGUAAUAGGUUCCCUGGCCAUGUUGGGACGUCAGUAGCGGCGGCCAUUGUCCCCUGGUCUGAGCUCCUCCUUCCUUCUAUCAUUCCCACAAGGCAGCAGGAUCAGAGAGCAGCCAUUGCUGUGUCUGGCAGCAGGUACGCCAGUUCAGCUGACCACGAGGCAGAAGAGAAGUUCCUGGAAGCUCGAUUUGAGCAAUCCCGCACAAUUGCUGGAACCCAGAAACCACAUUCCUUUAUUCCCUUAUCAAUAACUACUCUGUCAACUAAAGUUUAUUCCUACUCUACAGCUUCGAAAGUGGAACGAGUUUGUUUUCUGGAGGACGAAGUAGAAUUUAAAGACAUUAAAGGAUUUGUCACUUGUGUGUAUGAUGCAGAGUGGUGGGUAGCAUGUGUUCUUGAUGUAGAUGAAAAGUCCGAAUUGGUAAAGGUCAGCUUUCUCCACCCACAAGGACCAUACCCAUCAUACAAAUACCCAGGGAAACCCGACAUUCUUCUAGUUCAUCGUUGUGAUAUACUAACAACAGUAGACCCAAUGACUACAACAGGAUGUGUGUACACCAUUACAGAAAGAGAAACUCUGUCUGCAACUUCAAAACUAAACUCAUGGAAAGCAUGAACAAAACCUGACAAUCCAGCUGUGAGGAGCGAGAGGUGUUAUUACAAGGAGCACUCAGAAUGGAAAAGGACAAGAAUCACAAGACUGAGAGGAUAAUAAAUCUCUCUCUGGAAAUCAUCUACCUGCUGACUGGGGAGGGUUACACAGUAGUGAAGAAGACAUCCAGUGAGUGCGAGACACCCAUAAGCCAUCCAUGUGUGUCAGGAGGACUGAGCAGGACCCAAAGCCCCAUCACAGUGCCUCCACCUCACUCACUGAUACAUGAGAGACACUAUGACCAGAAGAUCCUGGAACUCACCAACAAGAUCAUUCAGCUGCUGACUGGAGAGGAGUGGGAGUAUAUAGAGGAACACAGGGGUCUGUACAAGGACGUCAUGAUGGAGAAUUACCGGCCCCUCACAUCACUGGAUGGGCCCAGUAACAGAGAUACCCCAGAGAUAUGUCCCCGUCCUCUGUAUUCCCAGGACUGUACAGAGGACAAUCACAGGACCCCACAGGAGGAUCAGGGGGAACAGCUGACUGAUAGGAAGAUAAAUUAUAUAGACAGAGAAGAAGAGACGUAUGUGACUGAUAUGAAGGCAGAAGAUACAGAGGUAGAAGAAGAGACGUAUGUGACUGAUAUGAAGGCAGAAGAUAUAGAGGGAGAAGAAGAGACGUAUGUGACUGAUAUGAAGGCAGAAGAUAUAGAGGGAGAAGAAGAGACGUAUGUGACUGAUAUGAAGGCAGAAGAUAUAGAGGGAGAAGAAGAGACGUAUGUGACUGAUAUGAAGGCAGAAGAUACAGAGAGAGAAGAAGAGACGUAUGUGACUGAUAUGAAGGCAGAAGAUAUAGAGGGAGAAGAAGAGACGUAUGUUACUGAUAUGAAGGCAGAAGAUAUAGAAGGAGAAGAAGAGAUGUAUGUGAGGGGUGAUCAGCAGUGUAAGGAGGAGGAAAUUCCUACAGAUAUCAGCACAGCAGAUGGACACACAAGCAGGAACAUCUCAGAAGGACAUCUAAUGUCAUCCCCGGAUUGUGAAAUAAAAGAUAAUGACAGUAGACAGGAUUCUCCAGGAGAUAACCCCAUUACCCCAAUUAUACAUCCAGCUCUAUCAGCUGAUCCCUCUGAUCCUGGGAAAUGUUCUCCUGAUCACUCUGAUAUUGGAGCAUCUGUUACAGCUCUGAUAGUAGAUACAGUGUUUCCCAGUUCUAUAGAUGCCAAAUGUUUUAUACAGAACACAAACCUUAUUACCCAUCAACCAGAUAAGGCAGAUGAGAGGCCAUUUCCAUGUUCUGAUUGUGGGAAAUGUUUUGCAUACAAAUCAGCUCUUGUUAUACAUCAGAGAAGUCACACAGGUGAGAAGCCAUUUUCUUGCUCGGACUGCGGGAAAUGUUUUACCCUGAAAUCAACUCUUGUUACACAUCAGAGAAGUCACACAGAUGAGAAUCCAUUUUCAUGUUCUGAGUGUGGGACAUGUUUUGCAUACAAAUCAGAUCUUGUUAAACAUCAGAGAAGUCACACAGGUGAGAAUCCAUUUCCAUGUUCUGAAUGUGAGAAAUGUUUUGCACACAAAUCAAGUCUUGUUACACAUCAGAGAAGUCACACAGGUGAGAAUCCAUUUCCAUGUUCUGAGUGUGAGAAAUGUUUUGCACACAAAUCAGAUCUUGUUAAACAUCAGAGAAUUCACACUGGUGAGAAGCCAUUUUCUUGCACUGAGUGUGGGAAAUGUUUUACCCUGAAAUCAAAUCUUGUUACACAUCAGAGACGUCACACAGGUGAGAAUCCAUUUCCAUGUUCUGAGUGUGGGAAAUGUUUUGCACACAAAUCAGAUCUUGCUAAACAUCAGAGAAUUCACACAGGUGAGAAGCCAUUUUCUUGCACUGAGUGUGGGAAAUGUUUUUUACAGAACUCACAUCUUGUUAGACAUCAGAGAAGCCACACAAGUGAGAGGCCAUUUCCAUGUUCUGAGAAAUAAGCUCUUGUUGCACACAAUAGACGUCACUCAGGUGAGGAACCAUUUUAUUCUUCUGGAGUAUACUUAUCAUUGCCAUGUAACGUUCUUCAAGGUUCUUAUCCUAUCUCCCAUGCUCUUUGCAAUAUACAUGCUACCGCAGGGUGAUACAAUCGGACGUCAUGUCCUCGUUUACCACUGCUAUGCCGAUGACCUGUCUUUUGCUCUGGGUAGUGAGAACUGUAAAGGUAAACUGUACCGGAUGUUUACUUUGAUUAUGUUUUUCAAUAAGCUGUUUAAACGACUCCGCUUCACCCCUCCAAAUGAUCAACAGUUUACCUUUACAGUAGACCAACAUUCGGUAAACUUUUUAGAUGUUACUCUGACUAGAGAGGGUAAUAGAUUGGUUCCAUCUCUUUACACAAAACCUACCGACAGAAAUAAUUUGUUGUUUGCGCACAGUGCACAUCCGGCUCCAUUAAAGCAUGCGUUACCAUAUUCACAAUUCCUGCGGGCAUUAAGGAUCUCGAGUAGUCGUGAACAGGGUAUAGCACAACUUGAGACUAUGUACAACAAAUUUCUACAGAGAGGUUAUGGUGUUGACGUGCUCAAUGCAGCUAAGGACAAAGUCCUAGCAAUUCCCCCUAAUCAGAUCUUAACGUUUAAAUCAAAAAAGAGACAAAUUAUGAAUAAACAUUGUUGGGUGAAUACAUUUAACCAUAUGAGUUCUACAAUUAAUGGUAAGGCUAAAUCUCUAUGGCCUAUUAUUACAUCUGAUAAGGAUUUAAAACCAUUACAACAGACGACAUUAAUGUCCUGUUAUCAAAGAGGUAAAAAUUUGAAGGACUAUUUAGUCCGUAAUGAUAUUUCGCAGUUGGGUAAAGUAUCUAGGGUUAAUACAUUUCUGGGGAAGCCCAAAAAUGGAUGCUUUAGGUGCCCUAACUGUACGACCUGCAGUUAUUUGCAAACAGGUCCCUCCUUUUGUCAUCCUUAUUCAGGGGUGAAAUAUGAUAUUCGAUUUCAUUUGACAUGUACAAGUAAAUUUAUUAUAUAUGUUAUCACCUGUCCGUGUUCUAAGAUGUACGUUGGUAAAACGGAAUGCACCUUGAAAGAACGUAUGAAUCAACAUCGUUCGGCCAUGUUUGGCUUUGGCAGCAGGGAAUAGUGAGCAGCCGGUGGCUCGCCAUUUUGUUUCCCAGAAACACAGUUUAGCGACACUCCGUUACAGGAUUAUAGAUCAUGUCCCCCCCCUUAUCCAGAGGUGGUGAUAGGGCAAAAAAAUUGUUACGUCUAGAAUCACAAUGGAUCAUUAGACUUGAUACGCUGUCACCAAGAGGAUUGAACGAAUCUUUGGGAUUACAGUGUUUCAUUUAGCCAGCAUAGAUUUCUAACCGAGUUUAUGUGUGAUAAGAGUAUUUUUAUUGCCAUAGCAAUAUGCGAUUCUGAGCUGCCAACUACAUUUGAAGGGUUAACAGGUCCAUAUAUUGGAAGGGGAAUAAGCGCUGGGUGUGUUUCUGCAUUUGGUAUUACCAUGUAAUAUAAAGAUGUGAUUAGCAUAGGUGUUCAUCACGUGUAAUCCAAGUCAGUGUUGUUGGUGUUUUAAAAGUAAAAAAGUUUUUUAUUUUUCACUUAUUAUUUUGUUUUUAUUUUGUUUUUGGAUGUAGACUUUCUAUGUAAGUUCUAUGAUUAAGCCAUCCCAGGUGUUUGGGGCGGACCCAGGUACUGAUUUUGAGGUAUUUGGAGGCCGGAACUAUUGUACUGACGUCAUGCUUGUACUCAGGUGGUGGGUAUUUAACCGUGUUGCACCAUUGUCUUGUAUGUUACCUGCUUGAAAAAAGCUCAAUAAAGGAGCUGAAACGUUGCAAAGAAAUGCAGUCUAUUUGAAUUUAUUUCAUCAGUCCGGAGUGCCGCCGCUGGGAGGUUAUAUAU